UCUCUCUUAUUGUUUUAUUAUUUCCAGCACCACAGUGUACGGCCAUCACGUUUUAAUCGCCAUAUAAAUACUAAACUCUCUUUCGAUUUCAUCUAUAUUAAUUCCCCUAAAGAAACCUCCGAAAAUAACAAACAAAAUGUCAUGCCCGAGUGGAGAGUCGCCGUCUGCCGCCGUUUUUGGUGGCGGAAACGGUUGUGUUGGUAGCGAUUCUGGCGAGAUUAUGUUGUUUGGGGUAAGAGUAAAAGUUGACCCCAUGAGGAAGAGUGUGAGUAUGAAUAAUCUUUCUGAAUACGAGCCCGUUAAUAACAAUAACGAUAACUCUAAUGCUAAUAACAAUGAUAGCGAGUUGUUGAAGAUGGCGGCGGCGAAUGGUUAUGCAUCGGCCGAUGACUCCGUGCCGCAGCCAGGCAACGGGAGUCGGGAGCGUAAGCGAGGAGUUCCAUGGACUGAGGAAGAACACAAGCUAUUUCUCAUUGGAUUGCAAAAAGUUGGAAAAGGAGACUGGAGAGGAAUCUCUAGAAAAUAUGUUAAAACUCGUACGCCAACCCAAGUUGCUAGCCAUGCCCAGAAAUACUUCCUUCGCCGGAACAAUCUCAAUCGGCGUCGACGUCGUUCUAGUCUCUUUGACAUCACCACUGAUUCGGUUACUCCAAUGCCAAGCAAAGAGGGUGGAAGCCAUCAGGAAAGUGCAGCCCAGACAAUUCUGCCAUCAACCUCUUUGUCUUCUGCAGAAACUUCGAGUAUUAGUGGAUUCUCUCUUAAGCCUUUUCCGAUGACCGUUGCUCCUGUUUUCUUCCAUCUACAACCUGAAAAAUCGGUGGAAAAUAUAACCCAUUCGGAUAUGCUCAUUCAGCCGGUUCCUGUUCUUCCGAUGCAUACUUCAUCGACAGACCUUAGCCUAAGGCAGAAUGUGCCAAUUGUGUCACCGCAACUGUCAUUGGGGCUAACAUUGUCAUUGCAUCAAGAUCAGGCAUCAACUAGGCACUCAGCAUUCCAGAUGAAAACAAGCUUCGGUAAUGGAGAUAGCAUAAUCAGUGUUUCUUGAAGAAUGGAGGCGCUCGACAGAAUAAAAUUGAAGAAAAAAGGGUUCAUCAUAACUUUAUAAGAUUAUAGGUAAUGAAUAUGGCUAUAAUCGAUAAUAGUCUCUGUACAGACCGGAAAAAUAUCAUGCUUUGCUGUGUCUUUUGUUUUAUAUGCUAAUAUUUCAGAUCCUUGCUCGUUUGUGAUUGAGAAUAAAGUUUUGGACAAUUUGUCAUACCCUUUGAUUUGCCUUUUUGGUUUAUGCAUAGAAUAUUCUAAUCCAACACUGUGGUAGGGUUUCUUCUCCAUGAAUGUAACUGAUAUUGUUGGCCUGGUGCUUACUU